ACUCGCCAAAAUUCAAAAUGGAUCUAGAUAUGAAUAUGUUCGAAACUACAAACGAAAUCUCCGGUAUAUUUACGCCUACAAUGCUGGAGUCAGACUCUGCGAGAAUAAUACACCAAGAUACAACGAACAAUUAUCAGGGAGUAAUGAGGGACUUGAGUGGAAGAGUAGACACCGCCACGCUCCUUCCCGACAUUGUCCUCGACACAGAGCUGCACAACUACUCACUUCCGACCAGUGGUCGCCAUUCACCUGUUGUACACUCAGACAUAAAGGCCAAAAUGAACAACAACAAAAUGAACGAUGUAAAAUCAUUCAUACUACCAAGCAGUCGUCCUCAACGGGCCGCUGCCUGGAAGGUUGUCGACAAAGCACAUGGUACUAUGCAAAAGCUCAAGAAAGCUGGCAUCGAUACAAAUGAAAAGUGGCAGACUGGGUUAAAAAAUGUGGUGCCGAAAGUCCACCUUGAAACAGUGAGGGAUAUCAUACUGACCCUGAAGCUUGGCACAAAACAGUCCCACUCCGACUACAUUCCUGCCCUUGCAGCUCUAUUGUACUUCAAAUUUUGUAGCAGUGAACUACCACUCACCCUGGACGAGUGGCGCGGUAAGGUGAGAAAUGUUUACGAGAACAAUGUAAUCGAACUGCAACGUGAGAAGUGUUUACAACAAUAUUGUAGUCGAACUGACGAUACGCGGUCUACAGGAAGUCUCGGAUGA